CAGCACUUUGUGUGUGUGUGUGUGAGAGAGAGCAGGAAGCCGCCGCUCCGGGUGCGGGAAGGAGGAGGGAACUGACCCGGAGCACCGAUCGCAGCUCCCCCCCCCCCCGCUGGAAGGAAGCGGGCCCAGGGCCGGGAGGAGAGCCAGAGAUGUGGGCGCCGGAGAGGAGCGCCUUCCUGCACGUCCUGCUGCUCUUCGGCCUGUGCAUCGCCGUCACCUGCAGCGGCGUCCUGGACGGCGUGUGGACCGAGCUGGGCUACGAGCACUACGCCGAGCGGCCGGUGGCCUGGCUUCCGCGCUCCCUGGCCAUGCCGGCCAACUCGCUGGUCAACCUGGGCUACUCGGCGCUGGGGGCGCGCUGGCUGCGGCAGGAGGCGGCCGGCGACGGCUACUACAAGGACGCGUUCGCCUGGAUGGUGCUGGCCUACGGGCCGGUGCAAUGGGCCCGGAUCGCCUGGCAGGCCCAGCGCCCGGCCGUGCUCGACCAGUGGCUCACGCUGCCCAUCUUCGCCUGGGUGCCGGUGUGGGCCGCCUACCUGCUGGCGGGAGAGGAGGACGGGAGGAUCCGCCGCCUCCCCAGGGCGCUGGCAGUCGAGGCGGCCUCGAUCGCCAGCUACGGCCUGGCGCUGGCCCACCGCCGCGGCUUCGAGCUGGCCCUGGGCUGCCACAUCGCCGCCGCCGUGUUGGCCGGGCUGGCGGCUCAGCGCCGCCUGGGCGAUGCGGUGUCUCGGCGGCACCUGCUGCAGGCAGUGGCCUCCUGCGUCGGCUUCGUAGUUCUGAAGCUGCUGGACCUGCCGCUGGGCCGCCUGGACCCCGGGCUCGGCCUCCUGUCCGGGCCGCUGUCCGGGCACUUCUUGUCCAAGCUCUGCGACCUGCUGCAGAUCCACUACAGCCUCUGUUUCCUGCAGCACCUGGCGCGACGGAAAAAUCUGAAGCACAAGUAGCGCUGAUACUUUUUAUUUCCAAAAACAAACUCUUUUUCCAUAAAAAUAUAACCAGAAAUACAAUGCAAUGGGUGCAUGUCUCUCUUUACAUUCAUUGUGCCAACAACGCAUCAAUGUCACGUUUCAUCUUUAAACCCAUGAAGUCCUGUGUUGCAGGGUUUUGACCCGAAACAUCCAAACCCACCCCCACAGCUGCUGCUCGACCUGCUGAGCGCCUCCAGCAGAUUGUUUGUUACCCAUGAAGUGUCACAUACAGUAAUGGGACAAGCUACAGCCCCAAGUCCCAAAGUGAAAUUAAAAACUUCAUUGUGAAAUGUACAAUGAAAUAGGUACAACUAUCUAGAACGCUAAGAGGAUAUUGUAUCUGUUUUUUACAUCAACCCUUCGCCAAUGCUACAGUGACAGCAACAAGUUGUGCUGAUACUUUUUAUUUCCAGAAACAAACUUUUUUGAACAACAACUUGGACUCCUGCUGUGUCAAUUUGGACUGCACAUGUUGCCAUAACGAUUGACUUUUAGUGGCUCCAAAGUGAUGGGAAAGUGCAUUUGAAAUUUUCAAUACCCUCUUUGCCUUCCCUCGAGUUUUUCCACUGCUCACAGGCAAACCUUUUGGACCAGAUGUACCAAUUGGAACCACCAGCCCAAAUCUGAAUGAUAAUGUGCUGGCCGGGUGCAGUAAUUUCUAUCUUAUAUGCCAAUAGGAGCUCUGAUUUAACAUUUCAUUGUAAAGGACUAUAUCUCAGUGAAGAAAUCCCAUGGGAGAGGUCAAGUGGAAAUCUGUCAAGCCAUUCAGCUAGAUCAUGGCUGAUCUAUUUCAGCUCCCCAUUGCUAACCAAUUAUGUCAAUGGCAUGAGUUCACAUCUAUGGAUAAGACAAAGACAUUGUGUGGGAAUUUCUUAUUGAGCAUCCUCUCGGCAUAUUAAGAAUGAUUACUAACUAUUGUACUGAGGACAAAUUAAUCCCAGAGAAAGAUGAAACCUGCAUCCCAAUAAAAGCUGGUACCUACAUCCCUGGGAAAACUGCUGCCUACAAUUUAGGAACUGCAGGGUUGAAAGACUAAAAUCAGUUGGAUUUUUCAGUUGUUACAAGACCUUUAUCAGCAGCCUGUUCAUUCCAUUUGUACUCUGCAAUCUCUUGCUAAACCAUUAAAAAAAACUUUGCUCUA